GCGGCUGCUCGGCGGACCGGCCGCGUUUCCGAGGCAUGGAUUUUGAAAACCUUUUCUCAAAACCCCCCAACCCGGCCCUCGGAAAAAGAACGGACUCUGACGAGAGAACCAGCAAUGGAAAAGAUGACACCAAAGUUAAAGAAACACAAGGAGGAAAAGUCAAAUGGAAAGUAAAACUGAAGUCUGAGAAAAUUCCUAGAAAAUUUAAGCACUUUGGAAACUCUGCGGCAUCACCAAAGACUUUACAACAUAUAAAAUCAAGAAGUAAGGACUAUGAUUCCUACAGUGACAAUGACAUAUGUAUUGAGGAACAGGAAGAUAACUUUGCCAAAGAACUUCAGCAAUAUAUACAAGCUAAGGAAAUGGCAAAUGCUGCUCCAGCUGUGCCAUCUCCUGAAGAAUCGAUGAAGAAAGAGGGAGCAAAAGAUCCGCAGCAGGCUGCUAAACAAAAAAAUAAAAAUCUUAAAGCUCUUCAUAAGAACAACAAACAGAAGAAAAUGAAGCGCAAAUGGCCAAGCACUGGAAACAAAGGAUCAGAUGCCUUACCGAAGAACAGGGGCCCGGCCAAGGAGGAUGGAGAACCUCAAGAGAAGCAGCAGCGUAUAAGAAUGAGUCAGGAAUUCAUCAACCAGCACACAGUGGAACGUCAGGGAAAACAGAUUUGCAAAUAUUUCCUCGAAAGGAAAUGUAUUAAGGGAGACCAGUGUAAAUUUGAUCAUAAUGCAGAGAUAGAGAAGAAAAAGGAAAUGUGUAAGUUUUACGUACAAGGAUAUUGUACCAGAGGUGAAAACUGCCUGUAUUUGCAUAAUGAAUACCCUUGCAAGUUUUACCAUACAGGUGCAAAAUGUUAUCAAGGAGAAUAUUGUAAAUUUUCCCAUGCUCCAUUGACUGCUGAAACACAAGAGUUAUUAGCUAAAGUUUUGGAUACUGAAAAGAAGUCAGACAAAUAGACAAGAAAGAUCUCCGUGGCAGUGCAGUCUCCAACAGUAAGCCCCCCUCUGAAGAUGCACCCUGUUGCUGGACACCAGUCACUCACACCUGUAAUCAUAGCUCUUCAUUCAGGAGGC